UUUAAUUAAAAUGAAUACUUGCUCAAUUUGUCAACAAGCAUCAUUUACAUGUUUAUCUUGCGCUUUAUGUACAAAUCUUAUUGACCUUGAAUGUCAAGGUAGUACAAUUGCUGAAUACAAUGUGGUUUGCAAAACUUGUACAGAUAGUGUUGGUGUUGUAAAUAAUAUGGAUGUCACUGUUGCUGAAGUUUUUAAAAUGUUUACAAAAAAUGAGUUAGAAGAGGUUGCAGCAUCUCCAACUAUGAAAAUGAUUUUUUCUGGAAAAUUGCACAGUUUCAGACACAACAAUUACAAAGCUGGUGGUUCUAAAAAAAAAAAUUUAUCUGAUUUUGAGUUAGUCAAUUUGUUAUCAGAAGAUCAAUCUAAUUGUUUAUAUUUGGCAUUGGGAUCAAAUUUCCGAGAUUCUAAGUUUAACGAUUACAUCUACAAGGUUAUUGUACCUGAAUGUAUUAUAAGUCUUUUUGCAAAGUUGAUGCUUUGGUCAAGAAUUCAGGCUGAAGUAUUUCUGAAUAAAUUUUUUACUGAAAGAAGAAGAAAAAGUCAUCUGACCGCGAACAAUUACAUUUUGCAGAUGAAAUCAGGAGCUGAUGAUUGUGUUAUAGGCUCUGCUGAUAAAUCUAAUACAUGUUUGCUGAAAAAUAAUGUUACUCCAAAUGCGUUUAAGGAUAGCAUGAAGACAGAAAUGAUGAAAGCUAUUGAUAACAAUGACUUUAAUCAAGCAUCAAAGUUGCUGUCAAAACUGAAAACCCUUGAUGAACCUGUAUCUAAUAACAGUCGCCGCAAAGUGAAAUGUCCUGCUUGUGAAAAAAGUGUGGUAGACUUAAAAAGGCAUUUAAUGUCUAAAAAACAUGAUUGGGAUGAACCAAAAGCAAAGAGCGCAAGGAUUAAUUUCGACUUAAAUCUCAAGAGAAAAGUACUUUCUCCUUCUAAAAGGCGUUCCAAAAUCCGUAAUUAUAAAAAAACUAUAUGUGGUUUUUAACAUUGCUCCAAAGAAGUUAAAAGAAUUAAUAACCAUCUUAGGCAAUACCAUGGCUUAAAAUCAAAGGAGGAAAUAAAAAAAGCAAUGCUGUUUUCAAGACCUGUUCUGGAAACAUUCCAUGAUGAGAAUUCAGAUAUGAGCUCAAAUGAUGAAGUUUCUUCUGAAUCUUUAGUAGAAUAUGAUUUAUUAGAAAAUAAUUUUAAUAGAGCUAUUCAUAAUGACAAUAAUUUUCUGUGUAGUGAUUCAGACGAUGAAAAUCAAGACUGGUUAAGUUUGCAAUAUUUAGACAAAAGGCUCCCUAAAUCAAGUAAUAGUUUUCAUGCUGGAGAUAACAAAAGUAAUCUUUUUAAUGUUGCAAGUACCAAAAAUGAAAAAGAUGCCUCUUAUUCUGAUGAAUCAAAUGUUGACUUUGAUGAUGGUGAAGAUAAGUUUUAUAUGACUCCAUCUGAAGAAGAUAAGUUAUUAGAUGAAUUUCUAAUUUGGCUUCAAAGUGUUGAGGGUGGUAUCAAACCUCUUCGCACUGCCCUGAAACAUAAAAAUGUUGUUUUAGGAGCUGUUCGUCAUGCCGCAGAUGACGAUGUAAAUUACAAGCAUCUCGGUUGUGUUUCUUUCUUAAAUUCUUGGAUGUUAAAAAUGCAAGAAGAUAAAAAGCAGCCAGGAACAAUAAAAACCUAUUUAGGUUCUCUACAAUUGUUUUUAGACUUUUGCAUUUCUAAAGAAAAACUUGAAAUUAUUUCUAAUGAAGAAUACUCUAAGUUAAAAAUCUCUAUGAAGCAGUGGAAGCGCAGUUUGUGGAAAGGCAUUCAGGAGAGACAACAUGAAAAAGACAUGGAUGAUUUCAACAACUUUCCAUCUUCUGAAGAAAUAAACGCAUUAGAUAAAUCUGAUUAUGUCAAAUGUGCAAAAGACACUAUUAAGGCUUCUAAAUCUUCGGGUUUUGUUAUUACAAAAUCCAACUAUUGUUUAGUUAGAUCAUAUUUGUUAGCGUAUACAAUUCUUAAUAAUGCUACAAGACCAGGAGCUUCUGCAAAUAUGACUAUUGGUGAGUUCCGCAGAGCAUUAUAUAAAGAAAAUUGUUAUACAAUUAGCAUUAAAAAGCAUAAAACAUCGUAUAAAGGGCCUGCAAAUAUUGUAUUAACUUUUGAGCUUUACAAUGAGGUAAAUACAUAUAUAGAGUUUUUUCGAAAUAAACUUAAUGGAAUUUCUCUUCCCACAGAUACAGCAAUUGUUUUUUUGAGUUAUAAUGGUGCUCCAAUGGACUCAUCAAUGAUCACUUCUCAGUUUCAUUUAUUUUGGAAUCGUGCUUUAGGCAAAAGGUAAAGGAAGAUUAUACUAGAAUGACUCCAACAAUAGUGAGAAAAUUUACGACAACAAAAGUUCAUCAAAAUUUUCCCAGCUUGAAGCAAAAUAUUGCACAUCAUUUAUGUCACAGUUUGAAAGUAGCAGAGAGCAACUAUGCCAUAUUUGACAAAUAUAAUGCUGCGUCAAGUACAAGUAAUAAACUGUGUUUAAUUCAAAGAUCAUUAACAGAUGAACAGGGAACAAAAAUAGAAGAAAAGAAAAGCAUACCUUUGAAUUUGUUUGAAAAUGAAAUAAACAAGGGGUCUAUAAAAGUAGCUGAUGUAAAAAAAAAGUUGGCUAAUUCUUCAGAAAAUGUAUGUGAUGAAAAGGUAAAAAAAAUUGUUGAUAAAGUUCGAUAUGCUAUCAAAAGAAAAAAACUCACACAAAGGCCAAAUCAACAAUUGUCAGAAACAGAACCUAAUUUUGACAAUGUUGAUUUUAUAAAUGAAACUUCUGCAUUAAGCUCCCCUAUUUCACAAGAAAUUCAAAAAAAAGUAUAUCCACUUAGGAAAAGAAA